AGGAUGACAUUUGUUAAUAACCAGGCAAGGUAAAUAAGUUUCCCAAGUCAAGAAACACAUUUCUACAAAUUAAAUUCAUAAGCGCAGCAUAGGGUGAGUUUAUGAACAAUAUUUAACAUACAGUAAACAAUGGCCGAUAGGUUAACUCAACUACAGGAUACUGUAAAUCAGCAAGCGGAGCACUUUUGCAAUGCAAUUGGUGUGAUUCAGCAAACCUCCUACCCAAGUAAGUUUCCAAACUUUGACAGAACAGGUUCUCAAACACCAGUUCAAAACCCGCCUCAAGAGGACUAUGCUCAACUUUUUGCACAACUCAUUGCACGCUGUGCCAAGGAUAUUGAAACAUUAAUCGAAUCAUUACCAAAUGAAGACAGCUCCAUAGAGCUGCAGAAUUCGAGCCUUAAGCGGCUAGAAAUUGAAAACCAGGAAACAGCCGAACAACUUGAACAUGUGGUUCAAAGAGGAGAGCUGUUGCUGGAAAAGAUACAAAAUGCUCUGGGUGACAUUGCUCAAGCACAAUUGGACAUGAACAAUGCUGAUAAAUAAUAGAUUAGAUCACAAUGCUUACAAAAAAUAUUAAAUAAUUUUAAGUACGAAACCGGCAUCCAUGGUCUUAAAUUAAUAUA